GCCGUGCAAAGCGGAACGCGGCAGUCGAAUAUUACGUGUUUGACCAAUUCGGAAAUUGAGUAACCAAGAUGCGGGCCUUAUCAGCGCUUCUACUUUUACUCUGCCUUCAAUGGGUGAAGUCGGAUGGAGAUGCUACAGCUCGGCGACCCAACAUAAUCAUUAUAAUGGCCGAUGACAUGGGCUUCGAUGAUGUUAGCUUUCGAGGUGGCCGGGAGUUUCUAACGCCCAACAUCGAUGCCUUGGCCUAUCACGGUCGUCUCUUGGAUCGUCUUUACGCCCCUGCGAUGUGUACUCCCUCCCGGGGAGCACUACUGAGCGGUCGCUAUCCCAUUCACACAGGCACUCAGCACUUUGUGAUCAGCAAUGAAGAGCCUUGGGCUCUGACCCUCAAUGCUACUUUGAUGCCAGAGAUCUUCAAGACCGCUGGCUACUCCACCAACUUGGUGGGAAAGUGGCAUCUGGGCUUUUCCCGGCCGGAAUAUACGCCCACUCAGCGGGGGUUUGACUACCACUACGGGUAUUGGGGCGCCUAUAUAGACUAUUACCAGAGGCGAUCUAAGAUGCCGGUGGCCAAUUACAGUCUCGGUUACGAUUUUCGAAGGAACAUGGAGUUGGAGUGCAGGGAUCGUGGUGUCUACGUCACCGAUUUGUUAACCGCCGAGGCGGAACGAUUGAUCAAGGAGAAAGGCAAUAAGGAACAACCUUUAUUCCUGAUGCUCAGUCAUUUGGCUACUCAUACGGCCAACGAGGAUGAUCCCCUGCAGGCGCCCGAAGAGGAGAUACGAAAGUUUUCUUAUAUCAAAGAUCCUAACCGGAGGAAAUAUGCUGCGAUGGUUUCCAAGCUGGACCAGAGCGUAGGACGAAUAAUAAGCACGUUGGCCGCCACGAACCAGUUGGAGAGCAGCAUAGUUAUCUUUUACUCUGACAACGGAGCUCCAUCGGUGGGCAUGUUCGCAAAUACGGGAUCUAAUUAUCCCCUUCGUGGACAGAAGAAUACGCCAUGGGAGGGUGGGGUUCGAGUGGCAGGUGCAAUUUGGAGCUCCCAACUUGAGGCUCGUGGGUCCAUCUUUGGGCAGCCUAUUUACGUGGCAGACUGGUUGCCCACACUUUCUCAUGCGGCGGGCAUUGAGUUAAAUGACACACUAGAACUGGACGGUAUCGAUCUGUGGCCUCAGCUAUCGGGAUCUGCCGAUGCCCCCCAUGUUCCUCGAGAGAUCCUGCACAUUUUGGAUGACGUUUGGCGGGUGUCUGCCCUUCAAAUGGGACAAUGGAAGUACGUGAAUGGUACAACGGCUGCCGGUCGAUAUGACUCGGUGCUCACCUACCGGGAACUGGACGACCUAGAUCCCCGAGAGAGUAGGUAUGCGGUGACGGUACGGAAUUCCGCAACUUCAAGGGCACUUUCCCACUUUGAUAAACGACGACUAACGCAACAGCGUAUCACGGCCCUGCGGAGAUCAGCGGCGGUGCGUUGCGGCGAUUUCCAAAGGUCUUGUAAUCCCCUGUUGGAGGAUUGCUUGUACGACAUCUCGGUGGACCCCUGUGAGCAGAAUAAUCUAGCUUACUCCGAAAGACACUCCGAUGUUUUGGCCGCCCUGCGAAGGCGCGUUCGGGAAUUAAGAGCAACAGCUUCGAUCCCAGGAAACCAGGCCAGUCUGCCAGAGGCCAAUCCCACAAGGCACACAUGCACAUGGGAGUCCUUCGAAAUUCAGAAGCCCAAAAUUGUUACAUUGGAAUGUGAUUACCAAGGUGAACCUUGUUAAUUAGUCCAAAAUAGAUGACUUCAAAGCCAUUGAUGAAGGAUUGUCCUAAGACGAUUUAAAUGGAUCACUAUCCAGACAAAAUGCGGACUUUAUAAAAAUGAAGUUUGAGUUUUUAGUUUUUAGUGAGUCAACCAAAAAUGUUUACAUAUGUAUGCUUUAAAAUUAACGAAUUUGUCUGUUAAAUAUUAAAAACUUUUAACAUCA